UAUCUACAUCUGUACCACUGAGCCUUUCGAAAUUUGUCUCUUCUCCCAUCCAUUGUCAUUCAACCCUGAUGCAACUUCCCUAUACGUAGAAAUGUGACAAUUCAAGUGACUCACAACCCCUUUGAAAACCCCCCAGCAUCUAUUACUGCUAUGCAACACAAGCAGUUGAAACAAAACUUCAGACGAAAGGUACAGUAGCCGCUCCGUGGGAAAGGGACACUAAUCUAACAAAUGAUCUGCUUUUGACCAUUUUUGUGGACUCCUAUGAGCUUACAGAGGAAUACAUCUGGUUGAAUCAUGUCAGACAUUCUCCUAGAGGAGAUCUUCAUAAAACGUUCCCAGCAGAAGAAGAAGACUUCCCCUCUGAACUUCAAGGAGAGGUUGUUUGUUCUCACACAGGAUAAGAUAUCCUACUAUGAUUAUGAUGUUGACAAAAUGAAAAAGAAAGGUCAGAAGGGUUCAGUGGAUAUUGAAAAGAUCAAGUGUGUGGAAGUAGUCCAGCCCGAGCCCAACUCCCCUAAAGAGCGUCUCUAUCCAUUUCAGAUAAUAUAUGAUGAAGGACCCUUGUAUAUUUUUGCCAAAAAUGAAGAUAUUCAAAAACAGUGGAUUCACAAACUGAAACAUGUGGUGAGCUUCAACAAGGACUUGAUACAGAAGUUCCACCCCUGUUUCUGGGUGGACGGCAUGUGGCAGUGCUGCCAACAGGAGGUCAAACAGGCCAUGGGCUGCAGGGUGCUGGAGACCAAGAACGGAGGAUUCACAAAGGGGUCUCGAAGAAAAUCCCGGAAACCUCUUCCUCCGACCCCUGAAGAAGAGACAGCUACCAGAGCCCUACCUCCUCAGCCUCCUGAGGAGUCUGGCCCCUCUGUGGGCAUGACGGUCAUCGCUGAGUAUGAGUACACACCUAUGAACCCUCAGGACCUGGAGCUCAGGAGCGAUGAGGAGUACACCAUCUUAGAGAUCGCUGAUCUGCACUGGUGGAAGGCCAGAGAUAAAUAUGGCAAUGAGGGAUAUAUUCCAAGUAAUUUUGUGGUGAAAGCCAGAAAUGGACUGGAAGGGUUUGACUGGUAUUGUAAAAACAUGAAUCGCAGCCAAGCAGAGAAACUAUUGAAGACUGAGAACAAAGAUGGAGGCUUUUUAGUGCGAGAUUCAAGCAAGGCGGGAAAAUACACAGUAUCUUUAUUAACCAAGGCUGGAGGGGAUGCUGCAGCAAGCUGCAGACACUAUAAUAUCUGUACUACCCCACAAGGGCAGUACUACCUAGCAGAGAAGCACAAUUUCAGCAGCAUUCAAGAACUUAUCAACUAUCACCAGCACAAUGCGGCAGGCAUGGUGAGCAGGCUCAAGUACAUUGUUUCCAAUCAGAAACAGAACGCCCCAUCAACAGCAGGCUUGGGCUAUGGUGUUUGGGAGAUUGAUCCCCGCCACCUGACUUUUAUCAAAGAGCUGGGGAACGGCCAGUUUGGAGUGGUGAAGUAUGGGAAAUGGCAGGGUCAGCAUGACGUGGCCAUCAAGAUGAUUAAAGAGGGCUCCAUGUCAGAGGAUGACUUCAUCGAAGAGGCCAAAGUCAUGAUGAAGCUCCGUCAUGAGAACUUGGUUCAGUUGUAUGGCGUCUGCACCAAACAAAGGCCCAUUUACAUAGUGACUGAGUUCCUCUCUAAUGGCUGCCUGUUGUCAUACCUGCGUGAAGGCCUGAAGCAGCACCCCACACCCAUCCAGCUCCUGGAGAUGUGUAAGGAUGUGACUGAGGGCAUGGCCUACCUCGAGAGCCAGCAGUACAUCCACAGAGACUUGGCGGCCAGAAACUGUUUGGUAGAUACAAAUGGCACAGUUAAAGUGACAGACUUUGGACUAUCAAGGUAUGUCUUAGAUGAUGAGUACACAAGCUCUGCCGGAUCGAAAUUCCCAGUCCGCUGGUCUCCUCCUGAAGUGCUGCUUUACUGUAAAUUCAGCAGCAAGUCAGACAUCUGGGCAUUUGGAGUUUUAAUGUGGGAGGUCUACACUUUGGGCAGGAUGCCUUAUGAACGACUAAACAACACAGAGAUUGUGGAGCAGGUGUCCAGAGGCCUGCGUCUCUAUCGCCCCCAGCUGGCCAAUGACAGGGUGUACACUAUUAUGACAAGCUGUUGGAUUGAGAAGGCUGAAGAGAGGCCCAACUUCGAGGAGCUUGUUGUGACUACUCAGGACUUGCUCUACGAUCUCCAAUAAAUCACACGUGAACAGUUCACACUAAUUGAGGGACACACUUCCUUAUAGAAGUCCCUCUUCCGCUCUGGGCAUCCAACUUCAAAAGUCCUUCAGAUCCCUACUCAUGGAGAAGUAGUAAGAACUGCACGUUCAAAAGCAGGUUCAAAUAACCACAGUUGCUGAGGAAGCUACCUGGUUGAACAUGGGAGAAAUCUCAAGAACGUCAGUAAUGUGAACACCUUUAGCAAUGUAGAUAGUGUGAUUUGCAGAAUUAAGCAUGAAACUGUUGCUGAAAAGAGCAUAUUGAAUACUGUCUGUUAUGAGUCAUGUAAAUUAAUUUAGUCACAUCUAUUAUUAUUAUUAUCAUCAACAUUGUUAUUAAUAUUAUUAAAUAUUAUUAUUAGUAAUUUCAUUCCAUGUAGACCCAACCAACAUUAAAUAAAAUGUGUCUUCUUUUGUGUUACAUUCCAAGUUAGUAUGCCUGAUGUCUAUCAUCUGAUAUUUAGAUUUUUAAGAAUAAUCUGCAUUUUAAAUCUCUCUUACGAGAGAAACUAAAUGACAAUAGAAACGUUUUGAAAUACAAAGGAUACCUACCUAUGUGUUUUUCACCCACACCUACGUUCUUGCAUUCUGUUUGGUAUAACUUCCGGUUUCCCAUCAUGCUUUUGAGUCCAUCCAUACACGUGAAGGUCAGGAACUGUAAUAUCUGUUGUUUAAGAUCACGUAUUUCUAGAUUUGAAAUAAAUCAUGGACAGCCAAGGAGCAACGGCUGACCCUCAGCUACAGCAAUUUAUCGAAGUUGAGUCUCAAAAACAAAGGUUUCAGCAGUUGGUGCAUCAGAUGACGGAAGUCUGUUGGGAGAAAUGCAUGGAGAAGCCUGGCCCAAAGCUAGACUCAAGGACAGAAGUCUGCUUUGUGAACUGCGUAGAACGUUUCAUUGACACUAGCCAGUUCAUCCUAAACAGACUGGAACAAACUCAGAGGGGUCGAGGAUCAUUCUCGGAGUCCAUGUCCGAAUAGCAAAGACUCUUCCACAAAAUGGACACAGGACACCGAUGGCCACUGGCUUUCACGCAUAGCCAUGCCACAUUUCUAUAUGGUGCAAUGAGAACCAAAAGGAAACAUGGAAGUGUUACUAUUGAUAAGUGCCUCAGACUAGGUUGUUGUAUAUUGUCACCAAGAUAAGUAUGGACUCAUUUUCUCUUGUGUCAUAGGAUGUGUGGUAACAAUGUGAAGUUAGAUUGAAAGUUGAUGUCUGUGAAGUCCAAAAAAGAGGUCCAUGCCCCCUUAAAGUUGAUAUUAUGGACAAAGCUCUAGUAGAGUUCCUACAUGGCUGGUGAAAACCCUGAGAUCUGAUGCAAGACCAUGAUAUCUGAGACACUCACACACUGCACUCCUAAAUAAGACAUUGGGAGCUCUACAGGUUAAGCACCAAUCAGUAAGAAAUGGUGUCUUGUUGGAAAAUAAUUGCAUGGUUUAUUGCUAAAUCAAAUGUUUUACUGAACACGCAAUAAAAAGUAUAUGUAUGGUU